AUGAGAUGCCAAUCUACUCCAGAUCGAUGCUUGAUGGUUAAUCAACACAACUCUAGUCAAUACGAAUUUUGGAGGGAGAGGUCGAAGUGCUCAGUAAAGCUUCCUUACUUGGAAAUUACCUCUUCCAUCUGUCAACACGGCUUUAGUCAAUACAAUACCAGAAGUUCCUGCAUAGAAACACCGUUAGAAAUAUUACCCCCUCCGAAAGUCACUCACACCAAGUUGAUGCUCUUUGAUAAUCAUGCUGUUCUAUUAAUUCGUCAGCCUUGCCUUCAAAUUACUGGUCUAUUAGGAAUGAGAUUGAAGUAUCAGACGUGCUACCUCUUGCUCUCACUAACUUAG